ACUAUAUAAGAUCUGAUCUUUCUCUUGUUGAAGACAGAAGCUACAGGCUUCAAACAAGAUCAUUCUGCAGCAGGUUAUCAUCAUCAUUCCCAACAUGAAGAUACUGACUGCGUUUGCAGUUCUUUGUGCCAUGAUGGCUCUGACCAGAGCUGCUGCUCUUCCAGAAGCCGAGGCCAAGGAUGAUCAAACAGUAAAGAGUCGUCUGGUCAAGAGGUCAACAGAUUGUCCCAAUAGGUGGUCUUUGUUCAACAAUCGCUGUUUCCACUACUUUCCAAGACCCAUGACUUGGGCUCAAGCAGAGAAAAACUGCCAGUCCUUGGGUGCAAACCUUGCAUCAGUGCAGAACAUACAGGAGUACCAUGAGAUUCAGAGGCUGAUUACGGCCCUAUCUGAACUGGUGAGUGGAGAGCCUAACAACUACCGUGUGGCAAGCAGCGCUGCUUUGCAAAUGAACUUUGGAGGUCGAAGCUACAAGCGGACAAAGAAGAUAACCCAGCCGGAGAUCAUGAAGAUGCUGACUGUGUCUCUACUCGUCUGUGCUAUGAUGGCUCGGACCACAGCUGCUGAUGACUUGCUCAGUUUAUCUGUUCCAGAAGCAGAGAUCGGUGACGGGACAGAUUUAAUCAUUCAAGAAGCUUGUCCCACCGGUUGGACUGGUUUCAACGAUCGCUGUUUCAUCUAUGUUCCAACAACAAUGACUUGGGCAGAUGCUGAGAGAAACUGUCUGGAUCGGGGUGGAAACCUUGCAUCAGUGCACAGCUUUGAGGAGCAUCAAGCGAUUCAGGGUAUGAUCCUGACUCUCACUCAUACGUAUCCACUCGCAUGGCUUGGAGGCUACGAUGCGGCACAGGAGGGUACCUGGUUCUGGAGUGACGGUACACGUUUCCAGUUUCAGUACUGGGAUCAAGGACAGCCUGAUAAUCGUGCGAAUGCGCACUGUAUGUUGAUGAACUUUGGAGAUCAAAAGAAAUUUGACGACCAGCCUUGCUCUUACAUGAAGCCGUUUGUCUGCGCCAGAAAGAAAGAAUGAUAUCUCUUGGACAACAAAGAAACAUGCUGUACACUGUAGCAUUUUAGGCCUUUCAUUCUGGAGAGUCAACUGUUUUUUUUUCUUGUCUUUUUAGUCAAUUAAAAGGCUUAAGCAUUGAAAUA